GCGGAUGGGAGAGUGCAAAUUGUUUAGCACCGAUUCUUGUGUACACCCGCUACUUCCAGCUUCGAUCAAAAAAGUUCUAAAACGUGCAUCGUUGAUAGAGCAUCGUCUAGUCCCGCGCGGCGACGGAUGGAACUCGAUUAAUCUCGCGUGACUCCAGCUAUCUCAAACGGGAAACUUGUAGCGCUUCAAUUUCGCGAUUAUUGGCUGGUUGGAUGAGCAAAUGUAUAAAUCAUUGCUGUCAGUAACUUUUUAAAACAAGUUUCGCGUGAAGCAACAGAGUGUACCUUCGGUUUACAAAUUGACUGCUCACGUUCACGGCAGAAGUAAAACUUUUAGAUUCGGUGGCUAAUUUUUUCCUGCUUAAUUUUCCACUAUCAGCCGUAACUUUCACUAUACGAUUCGGUCGCUUCUCUCUCCGCCCGUCCCGUGUUUGAUCAAUAUCUGGAGGACGUUUCCAUUCAAAUUCUGUUGUAAAAAUAGUCCUAUUGGGCGAGCCGGGAUUCGACGAAAUCUGUUUUCGCGUUGUUUUGUCUUGUGCACAAGGGGCUAAUUCCUAGUCCUGGACUUGUUAAUUAUCGAGUUCCCUCCAGUUAGCGAGCGAGAGAGCUGACAGCGGAAAACACUUUCUCGUGACUGCAGAGGCAAAGACGCGCGAUCAGUUCGGAGGUGACGGUCAGAGCGUGCAAAGUUCAGUUCUAACGGAAGCGAAACCAUGAUCCCUAUGUUUAGUAAAUUUGAUUUUAAAGAAGGUGUGAAGCAGAUCGUCGGCGUGUCGGACAUCACCGAGAACCGCAACAUAUGGCGCAUGUUAAUUGCAGAGUUUCUCGGCACCUUCUUCCUGGUGUCCAUUGGCAUCGGUAGCACAAUGGGCUGGGGCGAUGGCUACGCACCAUCGAUGACGCAGAUUGCGCUUACCUUCGGCCUGGUGGUCGCAACGCUAGCACAGGCUUUCGGUCAUAUCAGUGGCUGCCACAUCAACCCGGCGGUCACAAUCGGGCUGAUGGUUACGGCUGAUGUGAGCAUACUGAAGGGUGCCUUCUACAUCGUAUCGCAAUGUGUAGGAGCUAUUGCUGGUGCCGCUUUCAUAAAGGCCGCCACUCCACAUGAUGUAAUCGGGGGACUUGGCGUGACCGGAAUUGAUCCACGACUCACUCCCGGCCAGGGAGUCCUCAUCGAAGCACUCAUCACAUUCAUCCUGGUGUUCGUUGUUCAUGGCGUGUGUGACAAUCGUCGUUCCGAUAUCAAGGGAUCUGCUCCAUUGGCCAUUGGUCUGUCCAUUACUGCCGGCCACUUAAGCGCGAUCAAAUAUACUGGUGCUAGUAUGAAUCCGGCUCGUUCUUUCGGACCAGCUGUUGUGAUGGGCAAUUGGACCGAUCAGUGGGUCUACUGGGUUGGCCCAAUCGUGGGAGGUAUCCUCGCUGGUGCCAUCUACCGUCUGUUCUUCAAAGUAAGAAAAGGUGACGAGGAAUCUGGUUCUUAUGAUUUUUAAAAAUUCAAAAUUUACAAUUUCAUUUUCUCGGUGUAACAUAACCUAACCCAACAUGAGCCUGACAUUUACUAACCUGUAGAUUUCCUACAUUUUUUUUCUCCUACUUCUUGUUCUAGAUGAGCACUAACAAAGUAAGCCAUGAGACUAACGACGUUCAGUACAUAUAGUCGCAGGCGAGCCCAUCACCCACAUAUAUAAUUAACGAUAAUACGUUGAGAUACCUUAUGUAAAGACCAACCUCCUAAUCAACAUCAGUCGCCAUCAUCCAACAAAUUUGCCACGAAAACAUUUAUACUAAUUUUCAUGUGUGAUAUAGCAAUUUCUAACCAACCGAACGGGAACGUAAAUUUAUGAGACGAUUUUGAGAGAGAAAAAAUCUAUUUUAACCCAAAUAAGAAAAAGCCAAAAUUACAUUCGAUAUUUUGAAAAAAGUAAAACUUUUAUCACCAAAAAAGAUGCACUCUAACAGAAGCACCCCUAUCGAUAAUAUAAAAUCUACAAAACUACCAAUCAUCACUUAUCCUACUAGUGCCUUAAAUAUUGAAGCAAAAGUUUCUACGUGCAGCAGGUAGCGUCUUUUAUCAAUAUUAUAAAAUCAAACAAAAGGUGGUAAUUAGCUUCCAGUGUACAUAGCUUGAAAACAUCGCUUCCAUAAGAACUGUACCAUAAACGUUAUUUGGAAAGAUGCAGAUGCAACAGCAAUGCUAUGUUUUUCAUCUUUUAUCUUAAUCGAUUUUACAUUUAUUUGCUGAUUUCUACGCGGAAAUCGAAUCUGUAAAUAUUCCCCCAAACAUACAAUCAUGUCCCAUUGUUUUAACAAACGCGUAAUUUAUAGACCAAGGUGUUGGGUUACUGUAAGCUCGGUAGAAGAAUACUUAUUUAAUCAAUUAUGGGUAAAUGCAAUCUACGAUCGAACGUUGGUUGCACAAUUCUACUUCCAUCUCAAUUCCCCUGUUACUAACAUUUUCAAUGGCCGAACCUUAACAAACAAACAUUAAACGUAUGCCAAAUUAUCGGAAAAUCAAACCUUAUUUCCUCGUACACCAUGGAUGGGAGCGGGAAACGCAUUAUGAUAAGUUUAUAGAUUUUAGCGCGAAACCUACAUUGUUAAAUUAUUAUUAUUAUUCAUUGUUGUCCAUUAUUUAAAAAAAGUUUUAUUCUCCACACGAACAAGUUUUGCAUUGUUAUCGAAAUAUAGAUUCCAGUCGCAGUUGCAAAUCACUCGAACAUCACGAAAGUCUACAGGCAUAAAUAGGUUAGUUCACUAGUUGAGGAAUGCUUACGAAUCCUUAUCCGAAUCUUUGAAGAUCCGGUAACUGUCGCCUGUCGUUAUGAGUUGUAAUCCUAAACAAUAUUACUGCGGUGAGAACUGUGCAAAAUUUAUCUAUUGAAAUCCCAAUUUGUAUCUUCUUCUAUGUAUUAUAUACAUCGGAAUUUACACCAACUUUACUGUAAACAUUUAUGUUAAAAAUCUAAUAAACGAUGUGAAAAAUAAAAAA